AACGAUUUGACAGUUCCUUUGCACUUGCAGGUUAUUCAUAUAUAAAAAGCUGUAUAUAAACUUUUGGCAUUAGUUUGUUGUAUAGUGUGUAUGGAGUGUGGUGCUUUAAGCUUCUAAAAACUGAAUCAUGUGUGGAAUAUUUGCAUACCUGAACUACUUAACCCCAAAGAAAAGGUUAGAGAUCUUGGAAUUGCUGGUCAACGGUCUAAAACGAUUGGAAUACAGGGGCUAUGACUCUGCAGGCAUCGCGGUGGAUUCUUCAGAUGAGACGGCCAUCGCCCUCAUCAAGCAAUGCGGCAAGGUCGCCGUACUAGAAGAGGCGAUUAAACAUGUUGCAGAGAAGCUAAAUUUCGACGCGUUAUUGGAAACGCACUGCGGCAUCGCACACACCCGUUGGGCGACUCACGGAGUCCCCAACGAGAUCAACUCCCACCCCCAACGUUCAGACGAACACAAUUCUUUCGUGGUUGUUCACAACGGAAUCGUUACCAACUACAAGGAGGUCAAGACGUUUCUAGAGCAGAAAGGGUUCCGGUUUGAAAGCGAAACCGAUACCGAGAUCAUUGCGAAACUGAUUUACCAUUUCUAUCAGAAACAUCCGAAUUUUUCGUUUAGAGAGCUUGUAGAGAAUGUGGUUCAGCAAUUGGAGGGAGCAUUCGCGCUUUGCUUCAAGUCCAAGUACUUCCCUGGCGAAUGCGUGGCGACAAGACGGGGUUCGCCCUUAUUGGUCGGUAUAAAGACCAAAACGAGACUAGCCACGGACCAUGUGCCCAUAUUAUACGGAAAGGACGAACCUCCAAUCUCACCAAAAGCCGAAACAGACCCAAAUCCAGAACACAGACCACACGGUCGGAACGAAUACCCCACUCUGCCCAGGACCGGUUCCACUUCUGAAUUUGAGCCCUUGGAAGACAAACAGGUGGAAUAUUUCUUUGCAUCUGACGCAUCUGCCAUUAUCGAGCACACCAACCGCGUUAUCUAUUUCGAGGACGACGAUGUGGCGGCUGUUAGAAACGGAGUCCUCAGUAUUCAUAGGGUUAGACGCGGCGGAGACGACCCUAACACUCGUGAAAUCACUACCCUGAAAAUGGAACUGCAGCAGAUCAUGAAAGGCAACUACGACUACUUUAUGCAAAAAGAGAUCUUUGAACAGCCCGAAUCGGUUGUCAACACCAUGAGGGGACGUGUCAACUUUGAAACGGGGACUGUUACUUUGGGCGGUAUCAAAGAACACAUCCCAGAAAUUAAACGAUGCAGAAGACUGAUGUUAAUCGGUUGUGGCACAAGCUACCACAGCGCUAUCGCUACCCGCCAAUUGCUCGAAGAGCUCACAGAAUUGCCCGUCAUGGUGGAAUUGGCCAGUGACUUUUUGGACAGAACGACACCCGUGUUUAGAGACGACGUCUGUUUCUUUAUCUCUCAGUCGGGCGAAACAGCCGACACCUUGAUGGCGCUGAGGUACUGCAAGCAACGCGGUGCCCUCAUAGUCGGAAUAACCAAUACCGUGGGAAGCUCAAUUUGUCGAGAGUCGCACUGUGGGGUCCACAUAAACGCCGGACCGGAGAUCGGUGUUGCUUCCACCAAAGCCUACACCAGUCAAUUCAUAUCUUUGGUUAUGUUCGCCUUGGUGAUGAGCGAGGAUAGAUUGUCGCUGCGUAAAAGGCGGGAAAAGAUCAUCGAGGGUCUGAGAAACUUGCAAGAGCAAAUUCGAAUCGUGCUCAAACUGGAUCAGAAAGUAAAUGCACUAGCCGAGGAGCUAUACAAUAAGAAGUCACUACUUAUUAUGGGCAGAGGAUUUAAUUUUGCCACUUGCUUGGAAGGAGCCUUGAAAGUCAAGGAGUUAACUUACAUGCACAGUGAAGGUAUCAUGGCAGGUGAACUUAAACACGGACCAUUGGCAUUGAUUGAUAACACCAUGCCGGUCAUGAUGAUCGUCAUGAGAGAUCCCGUUUACACCAAAUGCAUGAACGCGCUUCAGCAGGUCAAAUCACGUGACGGAGAUCCGAUUUUGAUAUGCGAAGAGGGGGACGCAGAGACGAUCGCGUUCGCCAGCCGCCAUCUGGAGAUACCCAAGACUGUCGAUUGUCUGCAAGGCAUUUUAACUGUCAUUCCCUUGCAACUGUUGUCAUUUCACAUCGCCGUCAAGCGCAAUUGCAACGUGGAUUGUCCGCGAAACUUGGCUAAAAGUGUGACCGUGGAAUAAAAUAUCACAGGCAGUGCAUGGAUGAUAUAUGAAAUCAGCACCAACAUUUUGUAUUUUUAAAAUAAGUGAUUGUGUAAAAUCUUCUCUAAAAGAUACCAAGAUGUUGCAAUACUGUAAUAGUGUGUGUAUAAAGUAUGCCACCCUUUUAAACCAUUAGGAACCAUGUUAACAUUUUAAGAAUGUGAUAAAUAUGUUUACUAAAUUUUUAGAUUAAAUUACUCAAUUUUCUUAAUUAUAUGAUGAAAAUUUGCACUCGAUAUCUUUAAUGAUUCAAAAAAUAAGAGUGGAAAAGGACUUCCUUUAUACACCUAUAUGAGUUUAUAACUGUUAGAAAUAUUAGCGGAGAGAAAGAUUGAUUACAUUGGUGUCUUUCAGAAAAGCGGUUUAUAUGGUUGAGGUGCAAUAUUAAUUAUUAACUUUAUUUUAAAGUAGUUAAUGAAGCUAAAUAUGAACAGCCAAACGCUCAUUAUCCGAAAUACUUGUUAAAUCCCAUUCCAAAAAUAAAGAUGACAUUGUUUUGGGUUUCUAUUGAGCUGUUUGUAUUAAAAAUGUUUUGUAUAUACAUAUUUUUAUAUUUGUAUUUGUUCUCGAUUUUUAUAUGUAAAAUCUGUUUAAAAUUAAAUAAAUAUAUAUUUUUAUCAUAUUAGUAUUGCAAA